UUUGAUCAGAAAAAGAAGGUCCUGUUUUCUAGUCCAAAGGCUCAGAUGCUCAGUAUUGGGAAACAGCACUUAUUCUCAUUAGACACAUAUCAGGUAAAUAAGAAGAAUUAAAAUAAGAAGUAUUACCAGUAGUCAUAUGAAUGCUCAAGUCAAUUUCUAAGGUCUGUGUCUGACAAUGCAUUUCACUCUAGGAAAGGCAUGCAGCCCUGGCAUCAUGUUUCCUACCAAUAGCACCAACUCCAUAUUCUCCACCUUCCUGCUGACAGGCAUCCCUGGGCUGGAAGCUGUGCACGUCUGGAUCUCCAUACCUUUCUGUGCCAUGUUCUUGAUGACCGUGGUGGGCAAUGUGACCAUCAUGACACUUAUAUGGAAGGAGCACGCCCUCCAUGUGCCUAUGUACCUCUUCCUGGCCAUGCUAGCUGUCUCUGACCUGGGUUUGUCCCUCUUCACUUUCCCCACAAUGCUGAGGAUAUUCUGGCUGGAUGCUCGAGAGCUCACGUUCCCUGUUUGCUCCACCCAAAUGUUUUUCAUUCACACUUUCCAAGAUUUGGAGUCUGCUAUCCUACUGGCAAUGGCCUUUGACCGCUAUGUGGCCAUUUCUCGUCCACUGCACUAUUCCUCCAUCCUCACCAACAGUGUAAUUGCCAGGAUUGGUUUGGCAAUUUUUGUGCGAACCUUGACUGUGCAGGUGCCCCUCCCGAUCCUCUUAAGGAGGUUGUGCUUCUGUCACUCCAACGUACUUUCACAUUCCUACUGCCUGCAUCCUGAUAUCUUAAAGCUCUCAUGCUCCAGCACUAAGAUCAAUAGCACUGUUGGACUGUUUGUGGUACUGUCCACCAUGGGACUUGAUUUUCUUCUCAUUCUCUUCUCAUACGUUCUGAUACUGAAAACUGUACUGAGCAUCGCGUCCCACGGUGGCCGCCUCAAAGCUCUCAACACCUGUAUUUCCCACCUCUCUGCUGUGAUCCUCUUCUUCACACCCAUGAUAUGCCUCUCUAUUCUGCACCGCUUUGGCCCAAAACUUCCUGCCCACGUCUACGUGACCAUGGCCAACAUGCAUUUUCUCAUUCCUCCUGUGAUGAAUCCCAUUGUGUACGUGGUGAAAACCAAGCAGAUAAGAGAUAAAAUUCUGAAACUUGUCAUCAAAAAAGGACCAGGAGAAUCUCAAGUCACAUUUAUUACAUGA